AUGGCUCACAUGAAGUUUGCUGCACAGGCCGAUGAACGGCCGGACGACCAAGGCGGUGACACCUACACGACAGGAUUGAAGCCUGAGCUGCACUCGGAGUCCGCGCCGCCGCCGCCUCCUCGGGUCUACGAGAUGGAUGCCUCGCAGAACCUGUCGGAGAUGGCAGUGCAUGAAAAGCCCCAGCAACUAAGCGCUGAGCAGGCGAACAAAACCAGCGGAGAGCCUUCUCAAUGA